AUAACUUCCGAAUAUUCGACGCGGCCAGUGGGAUUUCCAUAUCAUGUGGAAUACUACGUAGAUCUUGAAAAGUACUACUAUCCCAUACUGAUUCAUAAUUACUUAGCUACUGCCAUUCGUCUUACUAUCCUAGUCGCGACCGAUACCUUCGUGACUAUUCUAGUGCAACAUUGUUGCGUACUGUUUUCAGUCGUCAGAUAUCGAUUAGAGUACAUACGAAAGUCCAUCGAACAAGAUAAGGAACUCGCUUUGCUUGAGGAAGAUGAUAAGUUUUAUAAAAAUUUCACAUAUUGUAUACAAAAACAUAAAGAUGUCUUACGAUUCGCGAGGUACUUGGAUGCUAUUUACACAAAAGCUUUUUUCUUCGAAGUCGGUUUAAUCAUAUUGGCGAUGAGUAUGUCGGCUCUACAGGCAACUAGUGGAACCCUCAACCCACCUCUUGUAAUCCGGCAUGCCUCGUACAUUACCGCUCAAUUACUGCAUUUAUAUAUUGUCUGCUGGUUAGGGCAGCAAAUAAUCGAUCAUAGUGAUCGCGUGUACACAUCAACGGAUUUGAUGAAUGAUAAUGGAAUUAUGUUUGAAAUUGAAGAUGAUAUUAUUAAAAAUGAGGAGGAUGAAGAAUUUUCGUAUUCUUCACAUGUACAAUUUAGCAAUGAAGAAAUGUUAAAUAUGUUAAACAUGAAUGAUUUCGAAGAUGAAGACGAGGAUGUGAAAGAAACUGCAUCACUCUAUGGCAUAAGCUUUUCAAAACUGAAGACAAAGAUGACAAGCUUAACUACAAAUGGAAAAGUCAUGAAAUAUGUUAAACAGAAAGGUGUUGGAAAAAUUAUACCACCCAAUGCUCAAGCGAUUGUCCAUUAUGUUGGAUAUUUUGAAUACAGAGAUGAACCUUUUGAUUCUGCGUACUGUGUUGGGAAACCAAGAUCAUUACGUUUAGGCCAGAAUUGUAUUAUAUCGGGUUUAGAAAUUGGUAUACGUUCUAUGCAAAAGCACGAAAUAGCAGUAUUUUUGAUACAUCCUGAUUAUGCUUACAAGGCUAUUGGUUGUCCACCACGUAUUCCACCUAACGAGGAAGUGGUCUUUGUCGUUACUUUAGUUGAUUAUAUUGAUGAUGGCUAUGCACGAACAUAUCAAGAUCUUACCGAAGAGGAGAAACAAUUAUUUAAAUAUGUGUUACAGCCUGUGAAACAUAUGUUUAUGACUGCUAGAGACUAUUUUACAAAAUUUAACUACAAACAAGCGAUACGAGAAUAUACAAAAAUUAUUAAUCGUUUGGAAUCAGUCAAGUUAAAAGAUGAUUUAGAAGAAGAAGAAAUGAAUCAAUUACUCUCACAAGCUUACAUCAAUCUUGGAAUUUGUCAUAAUAAGGAAAACAUGCCUACUAAAGCUUGCUCAGCUUUAAGGAAAGUUCCAAAACCAACAGCUAAAAGCCAUUAUCAGCAUGGAAAAGCUUUGCUGAGUAUUGGAGUAUAUAAUGAAGCAAUGAAGGAGUUCCAGAAAGCUCAUGUGUUAGAACCGCACGAUGACUUUAUUAGAAAAGCAAUUCGGACAACAAAUGUGAAACAACGUGAGUAUCUGGAAAUAGAGAAACGCUUGUGGAAAAAUUGCUUCAGAUCCAAGGAUGAACAAAUGAAAGUAACUGAAUUUCGAAAAGCCGCCCGUGAUUUGUGUGAAAGACUUAUCAACAGUAACGAUGCAGUAAGGCAAAAUCUCUCAGAGGGUUUUACUAAAGAAGAAUGUGAUAUUAUACGCGAGGAAGCUGCUACAUUAGGAUUAAAUAUUUUGGGUAUUACUGAAAUUUGGCAUGACCCCUUCGAACUGCUCGAUACCGUGCCGUCGCUAUUUUUCGCCGUAGUAAUUAUAAGUAAAACGUUCUGUACAAUACAUGCACUACCACAGGUGAUAAAAAAUGUGCAAGACGUUAAUCGCCUUGUAAAUCUCUUUGCUUAUCUAAAUGCAGUUUUAUUUACUGUAUUUUUUGUAAACUGGCAAGGUCAAAAAAUCAUAGAUUCCAGUGAGAAAGUGUUUGAAUCUGCAUAUAAUUCUGAAUGGUAUAAUAUGCCUAUAGAAGCAAGAAAGCUUCUUAUAAUGAUAAUGAUGAGAAGUGAAAAACCAUCGGGACUGAGAAUUGGUAAAAUCGUUGUAUUGUCAUAUAUAACUUUUAAUGCAGUAUUACGUAUGUCAUCAUCAUACUUCAUGCUACUACGGUCUCUGUAA